AUGGUCAGGCACUACGUCGCCAUUGUGGCAGCCAGCUGCCUCAUCAUGAUGACCACCUGCUCCUUCGUCUUCGCCUUCGGAGUCUACCAAUCCCUGUACGAGGAGAUGGCAGCGCAGCCCAACACCCCCUUCACGGGCGCUUCGACGGCGCUCAUCGAUCUCAUCGGCACUCUAGCCAUCGCGCUCAUGUCCAUGGCCGGACCCUACGCUACCGCCUGGUCGAAGCAAUACUCGCCGCAAGCCGUCAUCAUCGCCGGUGGCUGGGUUUUUGGGGUGGCCUACAUCCUGGCCAGCUUCAGCCGAGCCCUAUGGCAUUUCGCCCUAACGCAAGGUCUUCUUCUCGGGGUUGGAUGCUGUCUUGCCUACGUGCCCACCAUGUCCGUGGCCCCGACCUGGUUCAGCGCCCGCCGCGGCCUGGCCAUGGGAGUGAUCAUCUCCGGCACGGGGAUAGGCGGCAUGAUGUGGCCACCGGUCCUGCGGGCGAUGAUCUCGCACAUCGGUUUCCGCAAUGCCCUCCGUGUGUCUGGCUGUAUUGCCACGACCAUCGUAACGGGCGCUGGUGCCGUCCUACGCUGGGAACCACGGUUCCACGCCAACCUGAGAGCCCGGCAGCAGGAGCAACUCACAUCCAACCCCAGCAGCACCUCUUCCAGAACGCAGUGGAAGCAGCUCCUCACCGUCCCCCUCGUCGACCGCACCACCGCGUUUUCUGCACGUUUUCUCGCGCAAGCAUCCGGCUGCUUCCUGCAAUCCGCCGGCUACACGACCCCGCUCUUCUUCUACGUCGCCUUCGCCCAGACCCUGGGCUACAGCACCACCACGGCCGCCACCUUCCUGACGGUGAGCAACGCCUCGAACUUCGUCUCGCGGAUCGUGCUCGGCUACCUCGCCGAUAAAUUCGGCCGGAUCAACGCCCUCGCCGCGACCACGCUCGUCAGCGCCGUGGCGGUCUUCGCCUUCUGGCUACCUGCCACGUUUUCUCCAGAUGACGGGGUCUCUGAAGCAGCUGCGCGCGGCUGCUUCAUCGUGUUCACAGUGCUGUACGGGGCGUUUGCGAGCGCGUACAUCUCGCUGUUCCCGGCGUCGUUGGUGGAGGUGUUCGGGGUGGAGAAGUUCACGAGCGUGAACGGGGUGCUGUAUCUGAUCCGGGGGAUGGGGGCGCUGGUGGGCACGCCGUUGGUGGGGCUGUUGAUCCCCGAGCGCACGGCGCUGGUCGAGGCCGGGGCGUAUCGGCGGGCGGCAGGGACAGUGGGCGCGUUGCUGAUGGCGGCGGCUGCGGCGUGUUUUUGGGUAAGGUGGGAGAUGAGAGGUAGUGAUAGGGGGUGGAGGGUGUAG